UGAUCUUCCUAGCGAAGAUUGCAAUAGGCAUCAUAAAUACAUCGAAAUUCUUUAGCACUCUGUUUUAUCCAGGAGUCUCGUUCCGUUCCCCAUCUGACAAGGGUCUUUCUAUUCCUUAGCAGUGAAAGGACCCCAUCUGUCCUUCCUGGGUUUCCGUUAAACUGAGCUGGUUUCAAGUUUCAGCUCCUCCUUGAAUUCCAGCCUGCUGAGACUUCCCUCUAGAAUCAUCCAAAAUGGAGCCUCUUACAGCUUACCCUUUAAGAUGUUCGGGGCCGAAAGCAAAGGUAUUUGCAGUUUUACUGUCUAUGGUUCUAUGCACAGUAAUGUUAUUUCUUCUACAACUAAAAUUCCUAAAACCUAAAAUCAACAGCUUUUAUGCCUUUGAAGUGAAAGAUGCAAAAGGAAGAACGGUUUCUCUGGAAAAGUUUAAAGGCAAAGUUUCACUAGUUGUAAACGUGGCUAGUGACUGCCAACUCACAGACAGAAAUUACUUAGCACUGCAGGAACUGCACAAAGAGUUUGGACCAUUCCACUUCAGCGUCUUGGCUUUUCCGUGCAAUCAGUUUGGAGAAUCGGAGCCCCGCCCCAGCAAGGAAGUUGUAUCUUUUGCAAGAAAUAACUACGGCGUGACAUUCCCCAUCUUCCACAAGAUUAAGAUUCUAGGAUCUGAAGCAGAACCUGCAUUCAGAUUUCUUGUUGAUUCUUCAAAGAAAGAACCAAGGUGGAAUUUUUGGAAGUAUCUGGUCAACCCUGAGGGUCAAGUUGUGAAAACCUGGAGGCCAGAGGAACCCAUUGAAGUCAUCAGGCCUGAGAUAGCAGCUCUGAUUAGACAAAUGAUCAUAAAAAAGAAAGAGGACCUAUGAAAAUGCCAGUGAGUCAUUCAAAUGCAGUAGUCAGAAUAUAGAAAUGUCAAGGGGAGGGGGGGGUUUGGUCUCAUCUUAAAUACUCUGACAAUUAAAUACGGCACUGAUGGAUUUUUUGUUUGUUUGUUUUUAUGAUACCUUGCCAGUGAGUGGUAAUGAAUAAUGCCCCCAGGACAGAGAUGUUACCCAAAACAAAAAUAAAGAGUAUCUAAAGAAUCAAAAUGAAAUAUACUAAGUAUUUCAUCAGAUCACACUAAAUAAUUCAAAAUACAGUCAUCAAUGUGCUUCAAUAUCCUGUUGUUCGACUUGACAUUUUUCAGGAUUGUACUUAAUGGAAAUGCCAAUCCACUAGACCUCUGUUUGAAUUCAAGACACUGUGUGUGACUGAAUUUUCUGGAUUAACUAACUGUAAAUGGCUAUUUUUAUGUAAUAAAAUAAAAAAUAAACACUGAAAAAAUGUUAAAUAUA